UCCUUUAUUUUCAUUUAAUUCUGAUAUAUCAACAAUACAAACAAAAUUGAUAAGCAACUGAACAGUAGUUGACUAGAAGACGUUCUAAUGAUCGGAUGCAAAAGAAUUUUUAUGGUUAUAAGAUUAGUUUAUAUUAUCGAUUCGUUUUGAGAUUUAAAGUAUAUUAAUAUAUAAGAUAAUAUCGAAUAUCAUAAAGAAAAUAUUUCAUUAGUGAUGAUAUUUAAAUAAAAUUAAAUUAAGUUCUAAUAAAUACAGUGUCUUUAAAAGUAAAAAAAAAAAAAAAAAAGAAAAAGAAAUAAUAGGAAAUUUACAAGACAUAUUAAGUACGUAUUAUUGAUCUAAAGUAACAAAUUAUCGUGAAAGAAAAAUGCGAAAUAUCGAAAUAAAAACGAAAAUCAGUGAUUCCACAACGCUUAUUAAUAAACUUGAAAAAAUUACCGAAAGUAAAUGGAUUGUUAUAGAACAGUAUGAUACUUUCUUUAAUACGAAAACAGGUAGAUUAAAAUUGCGUCAAUUUGAAGAUAAAACUGGUGAAAUAAUUUAUUAUGAAAGACCUAACGUUACGGGGCCUAAGCUUAGUAAUUAUAAAAAAAUAAAAAUGAACGCAGAAACAUGUGAAAAUUUAAGAGAUAUAUUAACCAUUUCUAAUGGUACUUUAGGAGUUGUAAAAAAAACAAGACGAUUAUUUAUGAUUGAUCAAACUCGAAUACACAUUGAUGAUGUACACGGAUUAGGUAGUUUUUUGGAAUUAGAAGUUGCUCUAAAUGAUGAUCAAGAUGUUAGUUAUGGAGAAAAAAUUACACAGGAUAUAAUGAAAAAAUUAGAUAUUGAACCAGAACAUUUAAUUUCCGAAGCAUAUAUAGAUUUACUUAAUAAAACUGAGAAUUUAUAAUAAUAUAGACAUUUGCGUUUUGUAUGUAAUGAUAAAGAAAUUCUUUAUCA